GCGAAACCAGAAACGUCACAAAGUACGAUACGGAAAUUUUCAUGAAUGGUGAUCGUAUUUUUCUGUUUCUGUGAGAAAAUUUGAAAAUUACAAUGACAAAUUUCGUUAGAAAUACCGGGAAAUAUAUUGCGGAAAAGGCAGACGGGGAUGAUACAAACGAGAUUGGCUACCGACAAUCGAGGGAAAAUGAUAAAAUUGACCUCAAGUAUGGAUAUGAACGUGUUAAGGACACGGUGGAACGAACCGGAUUCCUGGUCAAUAUGCAUUCGACCGAAAUUUUAAACCAAGACCGUCGUUUGGUGGCGGCUCUCGAUUUGUACUUUCUGCAAAUGGAUGGCACACGGUACAAGAUGACCGUAAUCUAUGCACCCUAUCUGUUGUUGAUCACGAAAGAAGGCCACUCGUUGGAAGUUGCUAAAUUUUUGGCUAAAAAGUAUGCCGGUCAAAUUUUGAACGUAGAACACAUCGAACGGGAGGAUCUAGAUUUGCCGAAUCACCUGAGUGGGUUGAAGCAAAAACUGCUUAAGCUUACCUUUGCCAAUAAUAAUCACAUGAGUAAAGUGAAGAAGGACCUGUCGGCUGCCGUCCGAAAGAAUAAGGAACGAGAUAAGGCAAACACUUACUAUAUGCAGAUGUUGAGUAAUUCGUUGGCCGUUUCUUCGGAAGAAUUCGGUACCAAUCAAAAUCAGGAUUUUUACGAGAGUAUCAUGGACAUUAGGGAACAUGACAUUCCGUAUCACGUACGAGUGUCGAUUGAUUUGAACAUAUUCUGCGGGUUGUGGUACACAAUGAGAUGCAGAGGAGGAGAUGAUCCUCCAGUCAUCACUCCCCGGCCAGAUAUUUUAGAUCGUCCCGAGCCGGUGGUGCUAGCUUUUGAUAUUGAAACCACUAAACUACCGCUCAAAUUUCCCGAUGCUCAAUCCGAUCAGAUUAUGAUGAUUUCCUACAUGAUCGAUGGGCAGGGAUAUUUGAUUACCAACCGGGAGAUCAUCAGUGCCGACGUGGAGGAUUUCGAGUACACACCGAAGCCGGAAUUCGAGGGACAGUUCAUUGUAUUCAACGAGCCGAACGAGAUGGGUACGAUUCAAAAGUUUUUCGAUCACAUUCUCGACGUCAAGCCGCACAUUUUUGUCACCUACAAUGGGGAUUUUUUCGAUUGGCCCUUUGUGGAAGCCCGGGCGGCUGUGUACGAUCUGGACAUGAAGCGGGAAAUCGGCUUCUCCAAGGUAAACGCCCGCGAUGGGAACUAUCUGUGCCGGCCGGCCACCCACAUGGACUGUCUGUGCUGGGUGAAACGGGAUUCCUAUCUGCCGGUGGGUUCGCAAGGUCUGAAAGCGGUUGCCAAAAGUAAACUUCGCUACGAUCCGGUCGAACUGGACCCGGAAGAGAUGUGCCGGAUGGCCGUCGAGCAGCCGCAGGUGCUUUCGAACUACUCGGUCUCGGAUGCGGUGGCUACGUACUAUCUGUACAUGAAGUACGUCCAUCCGUUCAUCUUUGCGUUGGCCACCAUCAUUCCAAUGGAACCGGACGAAAUUUUGCGUAAGGGUUCGGGAACGCUGUGCGAAGCGCUUCUGAUGAAGGAAGCCUUCCACGCGACGAUCGUGUUUCCGAACAAGCAGAUCUCCGAGCUGAACAAACUAACCCCGGACGGGCACGUACUGGACUCGGAAACCUACGUGGGUGGCCAUGUGGAAGCGUUGGAGUCCGGUGUGUUUCGGGCGGAUAUUUCGACUCGUUUUCGGUUGGAUCAGAGCAUGUUGCUUCAGUUGCAGGCGAAUGUGGAUAAAGUAUUGGAACAUGCGAUUGUGACUGAGGAAGGAGUUCCACUGGAGCUUGUCACCAAUCUGGAUGAGGUGACGGAGCAAAUCAAGGCGGCUUUGCAGCAGUUGCAUGACACACCGACUCGGAUCGAGCAACCGGUUAUCUAUCAUUUGGAUGUCGGUGCGAUGUAUCCGAAUAUUAUUUUGACCAAUCGAUUGCAACCGUCGUCGAUGAUAUCGGAGACGGACUGUGCGGCCUGUGACUACAACCGACCGGACGCCAAAUGUAAACGGAACAUGGAAUGGAUGUGGCGAGGAGAGAUGCUGCCGGCCUCGAGAAACGAGUUCCAACGUAUUCAACAACAGCUAGAGACAGAAAAGUUUCCACCACUCUUCCCGGGAGGUCCUCCGCGGGCAUUUCACGAACUGUCCAAAGAAGAUCAGGCAAACUAUGAGAAGAAGCGUUUGAGCGAUUAUUGCCGGAAAGCGUACAAGAAGACGAAAAUCACAAAGCUUGAAACGCGUACGUCUACCAUUUGUCAGAAGGAGAACAGUUUCUACGUGGACACUGUGCGUGCCUUCCGUGAUCGACGGUACGAGUAUAAAGCGCUGACGAAGGUUGCCAAAGCGACGGUGGUGGCAGCGGUGAAGAGUGGCGAUGCGGGCGAAAUCAAGGCUGCCAAAGGUCGCGAGGUAUUGUACGAUUCGCUGCAGUUGGCUCACAAGUGCAUUCUGAAUUCGUUCUAUGGCUACGUAAUGCGAAAGGGUGCUCGCUGGCACAGCAUGUCUAUGGCCGGAAUUGUGUGCCUAACGGGGGCCAACAUCAUUACCAAAGCACGGGAAAUUAUCGAGCGUGUCGGUCGUCCUCUGGAGCUGGAUACGGACGGUAUUUGGUGUAUUCUUCCGGCUUCGUUUCCACAGGAAUUCACAGUAGAAACGACCCAUGCAAAAAAGAAAAAGAUUAAUGUUUCCUACCCAAAUGCGGUUCUGAACACCAUGGUUAAAGAUCAUUUCACCAACGAUCAGUACCACGUGCUGGAAAAGGCUUACGCCCCGGGAAGUCCCGCGGAGUAUUAUAUUAAGCCGGAAAAUUCGAUUUUCUUCGAGGUGGAUGGACCCUACCUGGCGAUGGUUUUACCGGCGGCCAAGGAGGAAGGUAAAAAGCUGAAGAAACGGUAUGCGGUUUUCAAUUUCGACGGUUCGCUGGCAGAACUGAAGGGUUUCGAGGUUAAACGGCGUGGUGAACUGCAGUUGAUCAAAAUCUUCCAGAGUUCCGUGUUCGAAGCGUUUCUGCAGGGUUCAACACUGGAACAGUGCUACGCAUCGGUUGCCAAGAUCGCCGACUACUGGUUGGAUGUGUUGUACAGCAAGGGUCACAACAUGCCGGACAGUGAGCUGUUCGAGUUGAUCUCCGAGAACCGUUCGAUGUCCCGGAAGUUGGAGGACUACGGCGAACAAAAAUCUACAUCCAUCUCGACGGCAAAACGUUUGGCCGAGUUCUUGGGUGAUCAAAUGGUUAAAGACGCCGGUUUGGCUUGUAAAUUUAUCAUCUCGAAAAAACCGGACGGUGCUCCGGUUACGGAACGAGCGAUUCCAUUGGCGAUCUUCCAGUCGGAACCGAGCGUCAGGCGACACUAUCUUCGUCGGUGGUUAAAGGACAACACCAUGGGUGAUGCAGAUAUACGAGAUGUCCUCGAUUGGCAGUACUACAUCGAGCGGCUUGGAGGAACCAUCCAGAAGAUCAUCACCAUUCCGGCGGCUUUGCAAGGCUUGAACAAUCCAGUUCCGAGGGUACAACAUCCCGACUGGUUGCACAAAAAAAUGCUGGAGAAGAACGAUACCCUCAAGCAGAGAAGAAUCAGUGAAAUGUUCGUUACGAAGGAGAAACCGGCGCUCCGAGACAUGGAAGAUUUCGGCCGAUCGCAUUCACCUAGCCCGGGCCCCAACGGACCAAUUGUAAGCUCUAAGCGACGGAGAACACCGUCGAACGAGCAGGAAUCAGCAGCAGCAGCAACUCCAGAGCCCAAAACCUGGCGGGAAGCUCUGGGAGCUCCACCACCAGUAGGCGAAGGUAAGCAGCAACUGCAAGCUUGGUUGGCAUAUCACAAGAAGAAAUGGAAAUGGCAACUGGCUCAACGUAGCAAGUUCCGAGAUCCCAAAAGUAAACGAUCGAGAAUAAACGAAGAAGAACCCACAAGUUCGAUGGCGGCGGCUCGACCGGCCACUACUUUGGGCGGUUUUCUGAAAAAAGCUCAACGAUCCCUGAUCGAGCAACCAUGGCAAGUGAUACAGAUUAUCGCGACGGAUGAAAUGGGUCACUUCAACAUCUGGGCUAAGGUGGGCGAGGAGCUGCACAAAAUCAAACUAUUAGUUCCCAGGAUAUUCUACGUUAAUCAACGAACUCAAGCCCCUCCGGAAGAGGGCUCAAUGUGGAAGAAGGUCCAUCGUAUUCUACCGAGAGCUCGCCCUGUCUACCAUCUCUAUCAGUAUGUCGUUCCGGAGCAGGUCUUUCGGGAAAAUCGCCUGGGAAUGCUAGCGGAUCUUGCUACUCCCGACAUCGAAGGAAUCUACGAGACCCAGGUAUCGCUGGAGUUCCGCGUUCUCAUGGAAAUUGGUUGCCUGUGUGCCGUUCAGAGAUCGGAAGCACGAUCGUUAGCUGCUUUGGCUACCAAAGAUCUGGACUGUUUCAACAUACAACAGUUGGAGAUGCGAAACUUUUCCCACACUCCCUAUCUGAAGAGUGGUGUGAAUCUGAAAAAGAUCUUCCUGUAUCAGCACAGUAUCCCGUCGGGGAAACGUGAAAUGUGGGGUUUAUUCAUGGGUCCCAGCAAAAAAGCGUUGGUGAUAGUUUUGGACAGCGUUCGAACAAACCAACUGCCAACCCUUAAAAACCUGUACACGUCCGAAAGACUGGCGCUGCUCAAAACCGAUAGCGAGAACUUCACCGAAGAGAAUCUCCCACCAACGGACAUGGUGUUUGAAGCUUUUUUGGAAGUAGACUCCAAACAGGUCUACCAGCGACUGUCACAGGCUCUCGCCAACUACAAGAACGAAAAACGUGGUCCUACGUUGCUGUGUGUCCAAACCGCCAUGGGUCUUCAAAAGCUGAACCAAAUUCUUCCGGCAUGCCUGGAGUUUCCGGAAACACAGAUACACAUUUCGGAUGACGCAUCACUGCUGUCCGGUCUCGAGUGGCAACGACAUGGAGCUCGGUCGAUGAUUCGCCACUUUCUCAAUCUGAACCAUGUGGUUGAGAUGAUGCUCGAUCAGUGCCGGUACUUCCAUCUUCCGAUCGGGAACAUGCCUGCCGAUACCGUUCUGUUCGGAGCGGACCUUUUCUACGCUCGGCACCUGCAGAAGCACAACUUUGUCCUGUGGUGGUCACCCAGUUCUCGACCCGAUCUGGGAGGUCGUGAAGCUGACGACAGUCGUCUUUUGGCGGAAUUCGAAGAUACGAUCUCGGUGGUUCAGAAUCGGCAAGGGUUCUACAACAGCGUCUGCGUAGAGCUGAGCAUCGAAAGUUUAGCCGUUUCGGCUCUGCUUCAAGCCAGCAAAGUUCAGGAAAUGGAAGGGGCUUCCGCUGCCAUAACCUUCGAUGUGAUCCCGCAAGCCUCACUGGACGAUAUGAUCAGUAAUCAGGGUGUUCAGACACUGCCGAGCUACGAUGAGACGGCACUGUGCUCACAUGCUUUUCGCGUGAUGCGGUCCAUGGUCAAUGGGUGGUUACGCGAGGUAUCGAUCAAUCGGAAUAUAUUCUCCGAUUUCCAGAUCAUACACUUCUAUCGAUGGGUGCGAUCGACUAAGGCACUACUGUAUGAUCCUGCACUGCGCCGAGCUCUGAAUACGUUGAUGCGAAAGUUGUUCUUGCAAAUUAUUGCCGAAUUCCAGCGACUGAAAGCCGAGAUUGUGUAUGCGGACUUCAACCGGAUUGUGAUCAAUACGGGCAAGAAGGCGGUAAUCGACGCGAUCGCUUACACGGACUAUGUUGUUCAGAACAUUCGCAACAAGGAACUAUUUCACAGCGUUUCGUUGUCCUACCAACAGUCCUGGCAGUUUCUGCUGUGGAUCGAUUCGGCCAAUUUUGGUGGUAUACGAGGAAAUAUGCCCAAGGAACUGGAAAAGGGCAGCGAUGAUAACGGUGUCGAUGGUUCACAAGCCGGAGGGGAAGAAGAGGAGGAACUGUCUUUGGAAAUGAAUUGGAACAUUGCGGAAUUACUACCGGAAGAGGGACGAUGCCAGGAAUACUUUGAGCAGUUUUUGAUUUCCUUUAUGGAAACUCUUGCAGGCGGAGUGCCGGCCCCGAAAGCUCUCAAGAAAUUGGCCCACGUAGCGUACGAAAUGGUUCAGAAAAUGCACAAGAAUUACGGCAGAGGUAAAGAGGGACCAGCUCUGGAGUUCAUCAAAGCCACAUGUAAGGUUUUGGCGGUAAACAAAGAGAUUGAAGAAGAGUUAACAACCCUUCGUAGAAACAUGCUGCUGCUGGUCGGGAUUGGCGAUUUCAGUGACAAAGCCGUCUGGAAGGACCCACUGAAGUCGUACUCCUUGACGGAGGUGAUCUGUAAGGCCUGCAACCAUUGUCGCGAUCUGGAUCUAUGCAAAGAUAACCACCGGGCCUUGAAGGAUGGCCAACCGGUGUGGUUGUGUGCCCAGUGUAACGUUGACUACGAUACGGUGGACAUCGAGAUGCGACUGCUGGAUGUCGUACAGCGAAAGCUAAUGUCCUACACCCUGCAGGAUUUGCGCUGUGGACGUUGCAAGCAAAUUAAGCGCGAAAAUUUAGCCGAGUUCUGUGGUUGUGCCGGAAAUUUUGAAAAUCUUAUAUCCGCAGGUGAGCUGCGGCAGCUACUGAAAACGUUCCUCACCGUAGCCGAUGACUACCGGAUGCCGCUACUAAAAGAGACCAUCGAAUAUGUACUCAACACUCAGUAACUUGUAGCGUUUUUUUUUAACCG